UCUAGUCCUGUGAGUGCGGGUGCGUUGAGGAAUUGUGGCUGAUCUGCCUGUCUCAGUCUCUCUGUGUCGGUCUGUAUGAUUCGCCUCUUAUCUGGCGGUGGUGGUAUUGGCGGCGGCGGCGUCUGUGGCGUGCGACUUGUUCAACCGUGGCAAUCCCUCUCGUCCUUCGUCCUGUACCCUGUCGUCCAAAAAGGCUCCUGGGUUCCGCUGAUCGGCCAACUCCGUUCUCACGGCUCUCACCUCCGUCCCCAUCCCCAUCCUCUUGUUUGGAGUCAUCCAACCCAUUUUCGGCCUCGAUUGGUGACGCAAAAAGCCUGUCUUUCCGCGACAAUGAGCUCCAUGAAGUAUCCCAGUCCUAGACGCGAUGCAUCCGUGGUAGAGGAGCACUUUGGGAUCAAAGUGGCUGAUCCCUAUCGGUGGAUGGAAGAUCCCGAUUCGCAAGAGACCAAGGACUUUGUGGACCAACAAAACGCCGUAAGUCAACCUUUCAUCGAGUCCUGCUCAGAGCGAGAAGAAAUCAAGCGCGAGUUGACCAAACUAUGGAAUUAUCCCAAGUAUGGAGUGCCUCACCGUCAUGGCAAGAAAUACUACUUCUCUAAGAACAACGGAAUUCAAAAUCAAAGCGUGAUGUACACACAGGAUUCGCUUUCAGGUCAAAACUACCCCGAAGUGCUGACCAAGAUCAAAUUUUCCCCCUUAACGUGGACCCAUGACAGCAAGGGAAUAUUCUAUGGAUACUAUCCUGAUCAUGUCACCGGUGCCGAUGGACGUGAUACUGCCUCUCAUGACAACCAAAAGCUAUAUUACCACCGGAUCGGAACGCCUCAAUCGGAAGAUGUUCUGUGUGUCGAUUUUCCGGAGCAUCCUAAAUGGCGAGUAGAGGGCGAAGUGAGCGAUUGCGGACGAUAUUUACUUGUCUGUCCUGGAGUGGAUUGCCAAGAUAAUUUGGUCUUUUUUGCCGACCUCGAAGCUCUUCCCAAUGGAAUCACUGGAAAAAUCAGCUUGACUCAAAUCAUAUUCAAAUUCGAGGCUGAUUACCAAUAUGUCACGAACACUGGGUCCAAAUUUGUGUUCAGAAGUAACAAGAACGCCCCUCGGUACCAGUUGAUCUGCAUUGAUUUGGAGCACCCGGAAGAGAAGAAUUGGUCAAUUUUAAUCCCGGAACACGAAUCAAAUAUUCUAGAAUGGGCUACCUGUGUCGACCAAGACAAGCUGGUCGUGUGCUAUAUGGAGGAUGUCAAAAGUAUCCUGAAAACCCAUGAUUUGAAUUCAGGCGCAGUUCUGCAUGAAUUUCCCUUAGGAGUGGGAUCGAUUGUGGGCGUUUCUGGGGAGAAAAAGCAUUCAGAGUUGUUUUACAAGUUCUCUUCCAUGAUCACGCCAGGAAUAAUUUAUUUUGUGGAUAUGUCGACAAAAAAUCCAGUUCCAAAGGUUUUCAUCAAAACUGAAAUUGAGGGUUUGGAUGAGAGUAAAUGCGAAGUGAAGCAAGUGUUCUACCCGAGCAAGGACGGCACCAAAAUCCCGAUGUUUAUCGCGCAUAGAAAAGACGAAAAACUUGACGGCAAUUCUCCAUGUCUUCUAUAUGGAUAUGGAGGAUUCAACGUAUCUUUAACGCCAAGCUUCUCAAUCAGUCAGCUGUUUUUUAUUCAGCACUUUGGUGUCUUGGCAAUUCCCAAUAUCCGUGGUGGGGGUGAAUACGGCAGAACGUGGCACGAUGGUGGACGGUUACUGAAUAAGCAAAACGUAUUCGACGAUUUCGUGGCUGCGGCUGAGUUUCUUGUCCAAAAUAAGUACACAAGAAAGGAAAAGCUAACUAUCAAAGGUGGAUCCAAUGGAGGCCUUCUCGUGGGAGCGUGUCUUAACCAGCGUCCUGAUCUUUUCGGGGCUGGAGUAGCAGCCGUUGGAGUCAUGGAUAUGAUCAGAUUUCAUAAGUUCACCAUUGGACACGCGUGGUGUUCGGACUUUGGAAACCCUGAGACUGAAGAACAUUUCAAAUACUUGCUGACGUAUUCGCCCCUUCACAAUAUUCGAGUACCCGAGGGCGAUGUUCAAUACCCUUGUGUGCUACUCACGACGGCAGAUCAUGAUGAUCGGGUUGUUCCGUCACAUUCGUUGAAGUUCAUCGCUGAAUUACAACAAACGUUGCGAGAAGUACAGAAACAGACUAACCCAUUGCUAAUUCGUGUGGAAACCAAAGCUGGUCAUGGUGGUGGCAAGCCCACGAGCAAAUCAAUCGAGGAAAUCACAGAUGUUCUCUGCUUCUUGGUCAAAACCUUGGGGUACGAAUUCAAGUGACAUAUUGAUGAGAACCUAGAAUCGUUGGAAUUUAUCCAACUCGAUGCUGACGCGCCACAACGACCCCGGAAAAAUAUCACCACUUCUAUUGCUAAAACAACUUCAAUAUCAUCAAGACUUUGUGCCAUGAUGUAACUUCCUGGAGCUGAUUCUAGUAAUUAAUCCUCUUACCUUGUAGACAUUUUGACAACUUCUUUUACUAACUAUAGUGACAACCAAUCAAUAAAAGUGAAUCACAUCCUCUC